AUGUGCUCACCAAAGACACUUGAAAUUUUCCUUGACUUUCUUACCGCCGAGGAGGCAAGACAAAUCUGCGAUCAGUUCCACGAUGAUAUAUGGCAACCCGGACGUCAGGUUAUGUGGAGUGGAAUACCCCGUCAAUUGGCCCAGAUUUGGGCGGAUAGACAUGGAAUGCAGACAUUAACAACAGUGAUGGGGCCUCUAAUGGCUCAUGAUCAUCCGCAGUGCUUACGGUCCAAGAAAUCAAUCAAAGGCUGGUCCAAGUAUAUGAAGGGCGCAUCUGCUAUGUACGCCUAUCAUAUUGCGCAAGACAAGGGAAUAGUCACUGUGCUAUCACCGCCUCCUCCCGAGCGAUACAAUCCAUACGGUGGAUCAAACUAUCAAACUAUUGAGGAGCCAAUCCUGAUGGGAAACCUAGGGCCCAAAGUUUCAAGGAUUGAGAUGCUACAUCCAACUAUCACCGGGGCUGAGGAGUUUCACUAUCAAAUCUGGCCGGAGGACAAAACCGACUCCUGGCAUGAGCUUUUCGGCCAUCCUGAUCCAGCUACACACUGGCGACACGUAGAACGGCCUCGCCAUUUUCUACCAUAG